UCGUAAUGUCGUAGGAGUUGCAUACGAAUGCGCCUAAAUGAUCGUUUUUCGUCGAUUAAAACAGUUUCAAUUGAAUUCGUUGCACCAAUCAGCAGCACCCACGAUUUAAGCACCAAUGUUUGUUGUACCGUCUGCUAGAAUGGCAGCGAUAAAAUUAAUUUUCUCUUUGUUCAUAAAUUUAACAGUGUAUGUUUUACUAACUGUGGCAGGAAGAGACUUUUAUGCCAUCCUAGGCAUACCACCAACAGCUAGCCAGCAUGCGAUAAAAAAAGCAUAUAGAAAACUGGCAAAGGAACUACAUCCUGAUAAAAAUAAAGAUGACCAGAGCGCUUCACAAAAAUUCCAAGAUUUAGGUGCAGCUUACGAAGUUCUGUCGGAUAAUGAGAAAAGAGAAACGUACGAUAGAUGCGGAGAAGAAUGUCUUAAAAGAGACGGUAUGAUGAAUAAUGCAGAUCCUUUUGCCAAUUUCUUUGGAGACUUUAGUUUCCAUUUUGGCGGAGAGUCUCAACAACAGCAUGAAACACCCAAAGGCUCGAAUAUUAUAAUGGAUUUAAUGGUCACCUUAGAAGAAUUAUACAGUGGAAAUUUUAUAGAGAUCACAAGAAAUAAACCAGUCAUGAAACCGGCUAAAGGAACAAGGAAAUGUAAUUGUAGACAAGAAUUGGUUACUCGCAAUUUAGGAAAUGGAAGAUUUCAAAUGAUGCACCAAUCUGUAUGUUCGGUGUGUGCGAACGUUGAAUUCGUUACCGAAGAACGAGUAUUAGAGGUGGAAGUGGAGGCUGGUAUGUUAGAUGGUCAGGAAACAAAAUUUAUAGCAGAAGGUGAACCGCAUUUGGAUGGAGAUCCCGGAGAUCUAAUUUUGAAAAUACGAACGCAGCCGCAUCCAAUUUUCGAAAGAAUUGGUGACGACCUCUAUACAAAUGUUACUAUAUCUAUGCAGGAUGCCCUGAUAGGUUUUAAAAUGGAUAUAGAACAUUUAGAUGGCCACAAAGUAACUAUCCAGAGGGACAAAAUCACCAAACCGGGAACUCGUAUUCGAAAGAAAGGAGAGGGAAUGCCUAACUAUGAUAAUAAUAAUCUCCAUGGUACUCUACAUAUCACGUUUAACGUUGCAUUCCCUGAUACAGAAUUUACGAAUACGCAAAAAGAAGAAAUAAAACAUCUAUUACAACAGGAUUCGAUAAAUCGAAUUUAUAACGGAAUAAGGAGAAACUAGGAACUUUUAAGUGCAAUGUAUAUACAAAGUGACACUAUAAAAUGUGCGUAUAACUGAAGUGCAUGCGUCGAUGACUUUGAGCGUGUUUCUAUACCAAGUUGUGUUUUUGCUUCCUUGAAAUAUCAUGGGUACCAACAAGCUUGGUAGCCAGGUGUUAGGUCAGUUAAAUGGAAUAUAUGUAGCAUGAUGUAGUAACCAUUACUUGUACGCAUACUUCCUGUUUGAUUAUAAGAGACUGGUCAAGUAUGUUAUCGCCAAUUACUUAGAUGGAUGUCAGAAAUGUUUGAAUACUUUAUUUAACAAAGUAAGUUAUUUUAUGUUUAAUAAGCGUGAGUGAUGCAUGAAUGACUUUUACAAGCAGAAAUUUUGCAUUCAAACAGUAGAGAAAGAAACCCAAUGAUCAUGUUUUUAAAUUAUGGAUUCCCUAUCCAAAUACAAACUACCAAGUAAAGUAUCGUGUCACAACUUUUUUUUAUUGACACUAUACACAAUAAAAAUUAUGAUGCCCUCCAUUGUUAAUAACAAAUAAGUACCAUUCAAUUACUUAACUUGCAAUUGACAUUUUUAUUACAAAAUUUUUGCAUCAAAUUAUACAUAUUUCCUUGUUUUGCAUAGGUCUAUCUGAUAUUUCUGAAUAGACUCUGUUUACAAGAAUUAAAGCACAAUUUUUUCAUCAAAUGUAAUACAAUUUGUUAUCGUGACAGUUUGUUAUCCCUCGCGUAGUAACUCUUUUGUUACUCGCUCAUUCACACGAGGCCUUAGAAAACUUAUAUAAUAAUUUGUAUACUUUUAUUAAUCUCCUAUUCUAUUUACAUCUGUCAAAUCUGUCAAUUUGCAUUGUUUCAAUAUUUCAUUUUCACAAGUAUCCCGAAUUUAUUAGAAAUUGAUACAGAAUAAUAUUCCUAUGCCCAACUUAUGUUGUGCUCAAUUUUAUUUCGAGCAAAUGGUCGUUUAUAUUAAAUAAAACUUAU